CUCUCUCUCUUCGGGUAAAUCUUAAAACCCUAUCACUUUCAAAUCUUUUGUUUGCCCCAAAUCUAUUUCUCUUUCUUUCUCCGAUCUGCUUGCUACGGUUGCGUUGUGGCCUACCGGUUCUGCAAUUUUCUUUUGCCAUUUGAGUGGAGGCCAUUCCCGCACCGCUUUAGUUCAGUAAAUCCAUCGUUUUUGACACACAAUAGAAAACAGGUGAAGGAGAAUGAAGAACACGGAGCGAAUUGCCAAUUUGGCUUUAGCAGGUUUAACCUUAGCACCUCUUGUUGUGAAAGUAGAUCCGAAUUUAAAUGUAAUUUUGACUGCUUGCAUCACUGUGUUUGUGGGCUGUUACCGUUCUGUCAAACCAACCCCGCCAACUGAGACGAUGUCCAAUGAACACGCCAUGCGUUUUCCCUUUGUCGGGAGUGCUAUGUUAUUAUCACUUUUCUUACUCUUCAAGUUUCUAUCCAAGGACUUGGUGAACACUGUAUUGACAGGCUACUUCUUUGUACUUGGGAUUGUUGCACUUUCGGCAACAUUAUUACCAUCUAUUAAACGUUUUCUGCCUAAGCAUUGGAAUGAGAACCUCAUAGUCUGGCGUUUUCCAUAUUUUCGUUCUUUGGAGAUUGAGUUUACAAGGUCACAGAUUGUUGCCGCAAUCCCUGGAACUUUUUUUUGUGCCUGGUAUGCUUUGCGGAAGCAUUGGCUGGCAAAUAAUAUAUUGGGUCUUGCUUUCUGUAUUCAGGGAAUUGAAAUGCUUUCCCUUGGAUCUUUCAAGACUGGUGCUAUUCUCUUGGCUGGUCUAUUUGUAUAUGACAUUUUCUGGGUUUUCUUCACUCCUGUGAUGGUUAGCGUUGCAAAAUCUUUUGAUGCACCAAUAAAGCUUUUGUUCCCCACAUCAGAUUCUGCUAGGCCAUUUUCAAUGCUUGGACUUGGUGAUAUUGUUAUCCCUGGCAUUUUUGUGGCAUUGGCUUUGCGAUUUGAUGUGUCUAGAGGGAAACAGCCUCAGUAUUUCAAGAGCGCAUUUGUAGGAUACACUGUUGGCCUGGUCCUUACAAUUAUUGUGAUGAACUGGUUUCAGGCUGCACAGCCUGCUCUUCUGUAUAUUGUACCCUCUGUAAUUGGAUUUUUGGCUGCUCAUUGCAUUUGGAAUGGUGAUGUCAAACAGUUGUUGGAGUUCGAUGAAUCAAAGACUGCCAUCAAUUCAUCUCAAGGGGCGGAUGCCAAACCUACCAAAAAAGUUGAAUAAGUUGAAGCAUGCGCUAGACCAAUAUUUCUGAGUCACAAAGGAAAUACUGUUAUUUUCUGGGAACACCGUUACUUUUAAAGCUAACUUAUUCAGCAGCACACCUUUGUAACAGAUUGUGAUUUAAAAAAAUAUAUAUUAGUCUUAUUUUUCAGGUUGAUUUUUCACAUUUUGACUGCCUAGUCUGGGUUUCCAUAGCAAACUUUCCAAAGGUUUUAUUAUUUCUGGCUCUCUCUCUCGCGCGUGAUCAUAAAUUUUGUUUUCAGUGUAGUAUAACUGAUACUUGAACAAUGUUGAUAUUGCGGAGAUGAUGGAUUCUUUUUGUUUCGUUUUUUGUGCUUGUAUAACCGGUUAUGCCUCA